AUGAUUCAGGAAGGAUCUGAAUUAACAGCUCCACCCGCCGCCCCCAGAAGCAGCAUUUCCUUCGGUGGAUUUUCUAAACCUUUGUCUUCGAAUGUAUCUCAGUUGAUUCAACCCUAUCUUUCCCAUAAUCCACGUUCCCACCUUCCGUCUCUCAAAAAGGAACAACCUGCUACUCAUGGCAAUGUGUACGGUAGGAAGCCUUUUCGUGCAGACCGCCCAAUCCAAAACCAUGGGACAGGCGAUAUUCGACCAGUUGAACAAAGCAGCUCUAGCUUCGAUGCGUAUUUCAACCGCUCAUAUAAAUCAAUUCGCGAAAACUUUAAGUCUGAUGGAAAAUAUCAGUGGGAAAAUUACAUCUCACGAGGGUCUGAUGCCGGUCUCGCUAUCAUCCAGGCGGCUCUCAUCGGUCACACAUAUGCAAUGCUAUCAGGUGUGAGUAGUAAUCGAUUACCGGCUCAGAUGUACAUUUCUAACCGAAAUUACUGCCACGACACCUGA